AUGAAACUUUUAAAAGUGAUCCCAGAAAAAAACAUAGAAUUUCCUCUUGUUCAUUUUCAAGCCGUUACGCAAAUAGUGAAAUUAGAAAAUAUAAGUGAAAAAAAAGUGGCAUUUAAAAUAAAAACAACUGCUCCCAAUAAUUAUUUAGUUCGACCAUCUUUUGGAUUAAUUAAUGUAAAAGAAACUGUAGAAAUUCAAAUUAUUUUACAGCCAUUAUCAGAUAAAGAUAAUAUAUCCAAUGAUAAAUUUCAAGUUCAAUGUUUGAAUGUUGAAGAUGAUACAACUGUAGAUAAACAAUUUUGGGUUACUGUUAAUAAAAAUGAGAUACAAGAUCACAAACUUAUAGUAGUAUUAAAUGAUGAAAAUUCAAAUAAAUUAACUCAUUCAUGUUUACCCUCUAAUAAUAUACCUCUUACAGAAAUGAAUAAUAAAAAUUCUCAAAAUUUAAAUUACACGGAUAAUAAUAACAUAAAUCAAGAGGAUACCAAUUUAAGUGAAGGUUUAAAAGGAGGUUUGCCAGGUAUGCAACGAAAAUACCAUGAGCUUUUAAAUUAUUGUGUAUUCGUUGAUAAACAAAAGGCAGCAUUAGAAAAAGAAAAUGAAAGUUUAAAAAAUCAAUUAAAAGCAUUAAAUAGUAAUUAUAAUAAGUUUUUUAUUGAUAAUAAAUAUAUACCUAUAAUAAUUGUUAUAUUAGCCAUUGUUACGAAAUACUUAGGAUAUUGGUAA